UUUUGUUGUUGUUUAGUUAUUUGUAAUGUACACCAACCAACGCAUUCUAAACCGUUUGUCUGGUAACAUACACCCAGUUUAACACCCUAUAUAAGGACCAUGUCCUACUCCUACAACACUGAUAAGGCAGAGGUUAUGGUUAACCCUGUUGCUCCUCCGUUAGAUGAUGACAAACCAGAGAAGGAGUAUAAACCAGUGCACGAAACACAUAUGGGAGUUAAUGGAGACGCGGGAUCAGGAGAAGUCAACCCUGCAGACGAGUACAUUGCCAUCAGAAAACAGCUGAAAUUUCCAGUGGACAAGUCUCCUGGAGUUGCGAUGGCAUUCCUGCUUGGAUUCCAGCAAUACCUCAUCAUGUUCGGACCUACCUUUGCUAUUCCUGUGAUUCUGUCUCCAAGCUUAUGUAUCGCGACUAACGUAGAAGCUAAAGGUCAACUCCUCAACACUAUGUUCGUAAUGUGUGGACUUGCUACACUGCUUCAGAUAUUCUUUGGAACCAGACUACCAAUCAUUCAAAGUGGAUCCUACGUUUUCUUCGCGGUUGCUGCUGGAAUAAUGUCCAAGAGCCCCUGUCAGAAGGAGUAUUUUGUUCAGGAUGAGAAUGGCAAUAAUGUAACACAAGAUUGGGACCCUAAUUGGCACAAGAGAAUGGCUGAACUACAGGGCAACUUGAUGGCAGCUAGUGUUCUUCAGAUGAUUCUCGGAGGGUUCGGUCUGGUUGGGUUCCUGCUCAAGAUUAUAGGUCCGAUAACGAUAACAGUGCUGAUAUCACUUAUUGGCCUGUGUCUGGCGGGUGUAGCUGCUGGUUCAGCCAGUCAAAACUGGGGGAUUGCUCUACUGAUGGUAGCGUUGGUGACACUGUUCUCGGAAUACUUGAAGAAUGUGCCAGUUCCCCUUCCUUACGUUACGUACUCAAGAGGCUCCGGUGCGAAAUUUCAAGUCGCCUGGCUGAAGCUGUUCUCGACGCUGUCCAUCAUCCUAUCUCUAAUUAUCGUGUGGGCUUUGUGUGGUAUACUGACAGCCACUGAUACCUUUGCUGAAGGUAACCCUGCCAGAGUGACUGACCUUAAAAAGAGAAUUGAUGAAGCAUCUUGGUUUUAUUUCCCGUACCCAGGUCAGUUUGGAACCCCGAUAGUGACCGUCGGAGGGUUCGUUGGAAUGGUUGCUGGGGUUAUCGGAGGUGUUAUUGAGAGUAUAGGUGAUUAUUAUGCUUGUGCUAAACUGGCUGGUGCCCCACCCCCACCAAAGUACGUGUUGAACAGGGGCAUAUUAUUAGAAGGGGUCGGAUGUUUCCUGACGGGUCUCUGUGGACCAGGAGUCGGAGUGACUAGUUACAGUGAAAAUAUUGGAGCUAUUGCCCUCACCAAGGUCGGAAGCAGAACAGUCAUACUGUGUAGUGCUAUUCUAAUGUUGAUUAUUGGACUGAUUGGAAAGGUAGGAAUAUUCUUCGCUUCAAUGCCCGAGCCAAUCAUCGGAGGAAUGUAUCUUGUUAUGUUUGGAAUCAUUGCAGCUGUCGGUAUCUCCAAUCUUCAGUUUGUAGACCUGACCUCAUCCAGAAACGUGUUUAUUAUUGGUGUAUCUCUGUACAUAGGUCUGGUUGUGCCAAUGUGGGCUGAAAAAGUCAUGGCUGACGAUGAACUUAAAGGUGCUAUACAGACGGGUAACGAAGAGUUUGACCAGUUGGUGGCAGUGAUAUUAACCUCUGGGAUGAUAAUAGGGGCAGUGAUAGCCUGCUUCCUCGAUAACACUAUCCCUGGAACUGAUAAGGAGAGAGGGAUGGAGAGUUACAAGUUGGCAACAAAAGCUUGUUCUGAUAAGGCGCUCCUCGAGAAGAUAUACUACGAACCUUUGAUGGAGAAGGCUGCCAAGAGAUUCCCUGGCCUCAGAAGAUUACCAUUUGUUAAUGGGUUUAAAGGGUUCAGUAUGUAAUAACAAUGUAUUAUGAGAUAAUAACCAUGCGUACCAUACAUAUUACAUAUCUAUAAUACUGGGCUCCUCGGGGGAAACGAGUAGUGCAUGAUAUAGAAACAAACUCGGCAUAGAGAGGUUCAAAGGGUGAUGAUCCCAAUUCCUAGUAUCUAAAGCCUGUCAAAUAACUUUUGGAGCGUCUCAUACAUUAUGUACCUGUUGUGUCGUAUAUCGAUGGAAUACAGUUUGAUAAUAUGUAAUCACAUUACCACCAAAUACGAUGUGAGCAUUGAAAAAUCACAUUGCUUUCGCGGAAUACCAAAACACGGGAUAAUUGACGGAACAUUUGGGGAAAAGGAAGAGGCCCAAAAAAUGGAGGCACCCGGUAUAUAAAUAUGUUUCACUGUAUCAAUAUUAUUAUGGUAUUACCAUUACUAACAACUUCGUCAAACGAUAACAUCCAAAGUAAAGGUUAAAGAUUUCUAUUAAACGCCGGACAAAACUUGGUUAAUUUGUGAGGUUAUCGUAUAGUUUUGAAGUUAUCUAUAAGUAUAAUACUGGGUAAUAUAAUAUAAGCAAUUCUCAAGUAACUGGCCCUACGGUUCGCCGGUCUUGAGGCUGGCGGAUGUUUUCUCUGCUAGCAAUACAAUUCUCUGAUUAUAUUGGUAACCAAACGAUAUGCAUGUCAAAUUCGUUGAUAUGAUAAUGGUUCGAUUUACAGAGUGCAGUUUUACAUUUUGUAUUAUUAUAAGUAUUUUCGAUUUAAGUUAUAGAGACAUUCCAUUUGUAUUUUGUAAAUACAGACGACUUGUAUAGUUUAAGAAGAUUAGCUUCUCAUAGAACAGGAUGGAAGACGUUGUUUCAGUUUAUAUAUCUGUAUUUCUUUCUUUUUAGGCUACUUAUCAGAUCUUUAAAAUAUUCAUUUAUGUCCUAUUUCUAAAGUUAUAUAGUAAUAACUAAUAAUAAACUUUGUAAAUUUACAAAGUUAACGAACGUUAUUAAUAAUAUUUUGUAUUAUUCUUCAUUCUUGUUCAAUUAUAUGUAUACUGUCUCACGUCGUGAUCUCCUGGUCCUUCUUGCAUCACCUGGACCCUUCCUGCCGCGCGAAGGGAUCUAUUUGAAUAAUAGUUAAGAUCGCAACGUGAGACAAUAAAAUCUUUACAACAGACGCCUGUAAUGUAAACAUGAUCUCUACACGU